AUGACAGGCCAUAACUGCUGGGGAUACAGCCAGAAAGAUGGACCUUCUCUAUGGUAUAAGUCUUAUCCCAUUGCCCAAGGCAGCCGUCAAUCUCCAAUUGAUAUCAUUUCCACGCAAGCUAUCUAUGACCCCAGUUUGAAGCCUCUCAAUAUUUCCUAUGAAUCGGAUUCAUCUCUUGGUAUCUCCAACAAUGGACAUUCAGUCAUGGUGGAUUUCAAGGAUGUAGAUGACAAAACAGCUAUUAGUGGAGGCCCCUUGCAAAAUCCUUACAGGCUGAAACAAUUCCAUUUUCACUGGGGGACAAGCCAGAAGUUGGGGUCCGAACAUACCAUUAAUGGGAAAUCUUUUCCUUGCGAGCUCCAUUUAGUACACUGGAAUGCCAAGAAAUACCCAACAUUUGGAGAAGCUGUAGUUGCCGCAGAUGGCCUUGCCGUGAUUGGGGUUUUCUUAGAGGUUGGAGAAGAACAUACUACUAUGAACCGAUUGACUGAUGCCUUCUAUAUGGUCAAAUAUAAAGGAACAAAAGCUGAAUUCAGAUCUUUCAACCCAAGCACUCUACUUCCCUCUGGCAAAAAGUACUGGACUUAUGCUGGAUCUUUGACAACGCCACCUCUUCAUGAGAGUGUAACCUGGAUAGUAAUGAAGGAAGCUAUCCAAAUAUCAGAGAAACAGAUGGAGAAAUUCAGAAGUCUUCUUUUUACGACGGAGGAAGAUGAAAAAAUCCCAAUGGUGAAUAAUUUUCGGCCUCCUCAGCCUCUUAAAGGAAGGGUCGUUCGUGCAUCCUUCAAGACAAUCCUUUUUGAAGAUAUUUGCCAAGGAUAG